GAGCGAUCUUAAUGACAAUUAUUAUCAGCACGAGCAUAAAACUUGAGCGCAUUAUUACCGGUAAUUUUUAUAUCCUUCUUAUUUAUCAAUGUAACCGCAUCCAAUCUGAAAGGACAUCGUCAGCAUUUGUCGUACGGCGAGGACACGACGUCAUCAGCAUCGUUGCAACCGCGAGCGCGGGGCAAAAAGAGAGAAUUGUGCCCGCCGUAGGAAUCAGUUCUUGGAGCUCAGGAUAGAAGUCAGCGCGCGGAUGUGAGAGGUGGCUGCGGCUACUCCAAGGUUAAGGUGUUCCAAGGUGGACCCCACGAUAUCCUCGCACGUGCUCCGAUAAAAUCCUAGAUCGAAGGAAUAAAACGCGCGCAAUCGAAAGGGAACGCUGAUUCUACGAUUGGCCAACGCUACGCCGCGCCACGCAACGUGUAUAUAAUUCGAUCUUUGUCUUUGUACUCUAGUUUUACCUACGCGUUUCAGAGUACGUGUCGUGUCCCAUUGGAAACGGCGACAUGCUGCCCGCCAAGCAAAUUACCGUAUUAUUUGGUGUUGUGGCACUGUUAAAAUUAUCGACAGCAGCACCAGACAGCGCGGGAAUAGUGGAAAUAGUGAAUGGAUUGGCGUACGGUGGGAUUCCUUACGGAAGUGUAAGCGGUAUGCUCGCCAAGUAUCCAGGAUACGGGCAGGCUAAUGCUCAACCUCAGGCUCAAGCCAGACAAUUUAACAUUUUGAGCAACACUCAACGGCCAGUAAUAAUCACGCCGAAUUUCCGAGCUACUCGAUUGGUGGGAAUUUCGCCUCGACCCGUGCAAAUUUACAAUCUUCCCGGUGUCGUUGCUCCCGGUACCGUCGGCACGAUCAGCCAGAUCGGCUAUUAGUUUGUCGAGAUGUUAGAACGACGUCGUCAUCAAUCAUCAGAUGCAUACAUUAGUUAGUCGAACUUCUCUCGUCUCACAAAGCUUGUCAAUGAAGAACGUUGAACCACCCACCUCAAGAAGUUAUAUCCCACACAGAACAAAAUAUCUAAUAGAUAUCUAAUAAAUAUCUACAUAUCUAUAUGAUGUCCAUAUCUACUAUGGAUAACUAGUAGACAUCUAAUAGAUGUCUUAAAUAUCUAUAUCUUCUGAAUAACUAGCAGGGAUAUCUAAUGGAUAUGCACACAUUAUCUACAUAUCUAUGUCCAAACAGCUAUCCAUUAGAUAUCCAUGCGUUGUCCACAUAUCCAUGUCUAUCAAAUAGCUACCAAGGAUAUCUAUUAGAUAUUCAUGCGUUAUCCACAUAUUCACGUCCACCAAAAAGCUACCAAGGAUAUCUAUUAGAUAUUCACGCGUUGUCCACAUAUCCACAUCCACCAAAUAGCUACCAAGGAUAUCUAUUAGAUAUCCACGCGUUGUCCACAUAUCCACGUCCACCAAAUAGCUACCAAAGAUAUCUAUUAGAUAUCCACGCGUUGUCCACAUAUCCACGUCCACCAAAUAGCUACCAAGAAUAUCCAUUAGAUAUUUACGUGUUGUCCACAUAUCCACGUCCACUAAACAGCUACUAAAGAUAUCCAUUGGAUAUUCGGUCGCCGCGCACUCGCCAGCCGAGUAGUGCGCGGCGUCGCCGAUAGAGCGGCGUGCAACUCGGAAGUAAGAUGCAACAACCACGCUAUAUAAGGAUCACUCGCAGUGCAAGAAACAAGUCUAAAAUUAGACUUCCCCAGCGACGAGGGUGUUUCUGUGGUAACUACAGGACCUCUCAGAGCAUGCUUGACGGGCCUUCACCCACUUUUAAUGAUUUUUAUGACAUCCUCCCACACACAACGUAAUAUGUAUUACAUAUCUAAUGAAUAUCCAUGAAUAUAUAAAAAAUAUUCAUUAGACAUGCUAUAAAUAUCCAAAUGUCCGCAAUAUAAGAUCUAGUAAAUAUCCAUGGGAUAUAUAGAUCAAUAUCCAAUCGACAUCCAUAGCAGUAUCUAGUGGAUAUUUAUGUAGAUAUCCACUGGAUAUUCUAUAGAUGUCGACUGGAUAUUGAUCUACAUAUCCUAUGGAUAUUUAUUAGAUUGCAUAUUGCGGACAUCUGGAUAUUUAUAGCAUGUCUAAUGGAUAUUUCCUAUAUAUUCAUGGAUAUCCCUAAUAUCUGUCGAGGAUAUCCAUUAGAUAUGUAAUACAUAUUAUGUUCUGUGUGGGAUCUUGCAACACAAUAUUAUCUACUACAUGAUAUGAAAUAGAAAUAAUUGGACAAAGCAUAUUAUAAAUUCUUAGUUUUCACAAGUUAAUUUAUGCAGAAAAAUUAAAGUUGCACAAUGUGUUUUUGCGUAAAUUAUGUGCAAUUAAUAAUUCUUUGUUCUCUUCAGCACUACAUGCUAAGAAGGGGAAAUUAUGUGCAAUUGUAAAUAAUAAUAAUUUAUUAUUUAAGAGUACAUUAUUUAACUCUUUGUGGUCACUUGCGGUCUAGUAGAUCCUUAAAAAAGUUUGGCGCUCUGUAUCUGAGUUAUUUGAAAAUUAGACGGAUUUUUUUCUCA